CCCAACGCUCGGCCACAUCCGGUCGUAUAUAUGUUGCCACGAGUUAGCGGCGAAUUUGGAGAGUGUCCAUUUUGAGCAGCGAGUCGGCGUCUCCGGUAUUUUUUCCCCCCUUAAAUCUCUUUAAGAGCCCACCGUCAGAAUGGCAGAUGCUGAGACUCUCCUCAUGGAGACAUCGGACCAGAACGGCAACGAGGGAGAGGAAGACCAGAAUGGAGCUGAGCAGGAGCUGAUGGUUGGAGAGGAUGUCCAGGAUGACCAGGAGGAACAGGAGGACCAGGAGGGGCAGGAGGGUCAGGAAGGCCAGGACAAUGGCACAGACGGAGGCAAGAUCGAUGCCAGCAAAGGAGAAGAGGAUGCUGGUAAAAUGUUCGUGGGCGGCCUCAGCUGGGACACGAGUAAAAAAGACCUGAAGGAUUACUUCAGUAAGUUUGGCGAGGUGUCGGACUGCACCAUCAAGAUGGACUCAAACACUGGCCGAUCUAGAGGAUUCGGCUUCGUCCUCUUCAAAGACCCCGCCAGUGUUGACAAGGUGCUGGAGCAGAAGGAACACAGACUGGAUGGACGUCCAAUCGACCCUAAGAAGGCAAUGGCAAUGAAGAAAGAGCCCGCCAAAAAGAUCUUUGUUGGGGGUUUGAAUCCUGAAGCAACUGAGGACACCAUCAGGGAAUAUUUCGGGGCCUUCGGAGAGAUCGAAACAAUUGAGCUGCCCAUUGACCCCAAAUCAAAGAAAAGGAGGGGUUUCAUUUUCAUCACAUACAAAGAUGAAGCCAGCGUCAAGAAGUGUCUGGAGAAGAAAUACCACAACAUCCAGGGUGGCAGGUGUGAGCUAAAGAUCGCCCAGCCAAAGGAGGUGUACCAGCAGCAGCAGUAUGGAGCGGGACGUGGCGGUAGUUAUGGAGGUGGACGGGGAGGCAGGGGCCGUGGAGGUCAGGGACAGGGCUGGAACCAGGGCUAUGGAAACUACUGGAACCAGGGAUACGGUAACCAAGGCUAUGGAGGCUAUGGUGGAUAUGGCGGCUAUGGCAACUACGACUACUCUUCUGGUUACUAUGGAUAUGGUCCCGGAUAUGAUUACAACCAAGGCAAUGCCAGCUACGGGAAAACCCCAAGACGGGGGGCACACCAGACCAGCUACAAGCCAUACUGAUGAUCACAUGGUAGUGCAAGGACUCCAGUGAUCCAGUGAGACCGACAGCUGGACGGACACACUGGGCAUGACUCGACCUCUUUUAUGACAGAAGACCAUUUGUACAGAAAACAUCCGAAAUGUAACUUUUCCUUUUUUUUUUUUUUUUUUUAAAUCCUUUCAUUUUUAGGUUUUACUUUUCCCUUUGGUGUUCUUUUUUUUCUUCCCCCUCCACAUUUCCAUCAAUGGAAGUGUAAUUUUUACUGUACUUUUUGGUACCUGUUUUGAUUCUAAUGUAUUGUAAGGCGUGUAUUUUACAUGUUUGCUGGCUUUACAGGUUGAAAAUCUUGGCGCUGUAAAGGAGCUUUUUUGACAAAUAAAAACAGUUUUCAGUAA